UAUAGGAAAAUUUAUAAAUGAAAAGACGUUUGGAUUGGGUUUUAUAGUACUUUUAUUUUCACACAUUACAGCAGUUCUUAUUCUAUUUUGCAAUCACUUUAUAAUAAUGAAAGGGAUAUUCGAUAUGGCUCGCUUUCUUACGAAACAAUACGCGAGGAAGACCACUGGAAGCACGGUAAAUUGAGAUGGUUUAGGCUUCCGUUCGUGGGAACACUGUAAUUGUGGUUAUGAUCAGCGGAGCUCAAGUUCGUUCUGAUUUUCUUGAUCAUCUCCCGUUUUCUUUCCAAAGCAAUUGCGCGAAGGUGGAUGCGCAGUAGAAUGGUGGGGAUAGAAAGGUUCCUGAAAUGUGAGAAGAAAAAGCUCUUUUGAAGUGUAAUACUAUAGAGUGUACUACACAUACCAUGUGCAUGUAUACAUAGUCGAAGGAACGCACGUGGUUCAAGCAUAAUAUAGGUUAUUUAAAUGUUUAUAUUUGAAUCACGUUUUAAGGCAAUACAGAGUUUUUAAUCGAAUCUUCUGUGCCUAAACACACGAUAAAUGUAUUAAAAGUGCUCGUAAUUAGAGUUUCAAGUUAUUUAUAAAGUAUAUGUAUAAUUUUAUAUAUAGUAAAUUUUUCGAUAACCAUGAAACUUAAUUCGGAAAACAACGAAAUGGAUAACAAUCAAAUUAAUAUCAAGAAAAGAAGAAAACGAAAAGCUAUAGCAGAAGAUGAAGGAACCAGUAAUGUGGAAGAACUGAAUAAAAGUAGCGAUGUAAAUAUGUUAGAAAAAAACUCACCCUCGAAAGAAUAUGGAGUCGUUAAAAAGCGUAGAAGGAAAUGUGAGCCAGAUGCGCUUGAAAUGUCUAGAACAUCUGAACAAAAGGCCAAAAUUAAGGACUUGAAAUCGAUACAAAGUACAAAACGUAUUGACAAUGAUGAAGAAAAUGUAGAAGAUAAUAAAGACAUUAAUAAUCCAGUAGAUGGGAAAUCCAUGCGGGCUUCUUUUAAUUCUAUCAAUGGUUUAGAGUGUUUACGACAGUUUGUCAAGUCUCAUAAUGAGAACAAAGAAAGAGAUAUGGCUGCAGAAUAUUUAAAUGCAGGUGGCAAUAUUCUUGAAUUGUUAAGAUUAUUAGAUAACACAGAUAAGAAAAGUAUUGGUUCUUCCACUGUUGUUUUUUCUGCAACAAGAAUAAUAUUGUUAAAAAUUAUGGCAGAGUAUCCACAAUAUCAAUCCAGUGCAGAAGGAGCAUGUAGGCACUUAAUUAACUCGCACCUACCAUUAGUGCAUUCUAUGCUUUCUAUUCAAAGUAAUGCAAAACAACGAAAAAUUAUCCUGCAAUUGUUAGCUGCAGUAGUUUCAUUAGGUCGUAGUCUGCCACGGGAAUUGAUUGCUCAUCUUUCUUUAGAACCAGAACUUAUUAAAUCUCUUGCAAGGCACACAAAGCCCACAGAUAGUCAGAAUAUAAGAAAUUGUUUCAUCCAUUUCAUUCUUGCUUUCUUGAUAGAAGGAAAUGUAUCGUCCAUUAGAGCUCUAUUGAAUAAACAUGGUCUAUUUUCUAGUAUAUUUCCUGAUUUGAUAUAUGAUUCCAAAGAUAUUGUUGCUUUGAUAGUAACCACAUUGAAGAUUCAUAUUCUUCAAAAUUCGAAAAUUAGUAAGACUAUGAAAUUACAUAUAUUCACAACAUCGGUCAUUCAAAACCUUGUGUAUCUCUAUAAUUGGAAAGGUCCAAAUAAUUGGCCAGGAAAUAAAACACAAAAUUCUUUUACCGAAAAUCCAGAAUAUCUUGAAGAUAAAAAGAUUAUAAAUGAAAUAGUACAUGACUUUUUAACUGUAUUAUUAACAUCUCAUCGAUAUGGAAUUAUAUUCCAUGAUCAUACACUUGGUACAUCACGUACUAAACAUAAUCAGUUAGUGAAUAUAAUACUUCAAAGUUUGGACCGUCCUUGGGAACAUGAGAAACCAUCGGAUUUGGUAAUCCGAAUAGUGACUGCAUGUCCAGAUUUAAUUAAAUCACAGUUUACACUGUUAGAACAACAUCUUGAAGCAAGACUAUCAACGAAAUGGAUUGCAGUAAUGAAAUUUGUGAGGGAGAUAAUAGUAUCGUUAGAUCCAGAGGUUUGCUUUAGAAUAUGUUCAGUGGAAUUAAAUGUAUCUCAGUUAGCUUCUGCAGUAAUGUCGUUACUUCUAUCAGGGACAGUAUUAAAACAUGCAAUUUUACCAUCUUUAAUGCAUUCAAGUAUAGUAGUCAGACAUGAAGCAGUACUUACACUUAUAACAAUGUUUAAUCAAAUACAAAAGUUUUUGUUAGCUGCAAAAGUAAAUUACAACGAAUAUACUGAUUUUUAUACUUUUAAAAACUCUAUGUUAGAAUAUAUCCUGAAGAAUGCACCCAAUAUAAAUACAAUAUUGGAUGUGUGGAGUUACGUAUUUGUACCAAAUGAAAUUGAACAUGACAGUACAAACAAAGAAUGCAUUCCAGAACCAAAGAAAGAUGAACAUUUGUUAGCCAUUUUAAACUUAUUACACCUGUACAAUGAAAUAUGUCCGAAAUUAUUGCAUGCAUUGUUACAUAUACCGGCCACUACAUUUUUAAGUCCAUUAAAUACAUUACAAGAUGUUGAUAUUCUUCAGCUUAACACUAUACAAGUGAAAGCUAUACAGUUUUUAAUCAUUCUGAAUCCUGCUGAAUUUUUACCGCAAAAAAAAGUAUUUACCGACGCAUUAACAUUUCUACUGUCUCUUUUGAAUAAUGAAGACACCUUCGAUGUAUCAAGUAUAAAAUCAACGAUAAAGAUGUUACUGAACGUUACCGGUAUGUUUGAAGGAUGCAGUGAUCAUUUAGAUAUUUGGAUCAAUGGUUUCAUAAAUCUAGAUAAAAAGCAGGAAGUAGUUGAUUGGUUUGUUCGUCUUUUAAAAAAGGUUGCAAAAAAUAUGGAGAGAUAUGUAGAUGAAAUUAUAAAAACAGACGAAACUAUUAGCGAAGGAGUCAUUUAUGCUGGACGGUUAGAAGAUAUAUUUAAUGAAUUGAUGGAUAAAAAUACUACUCAUAAAAGUUCAGAAAAUAAUAUUUUACAUAUGCAACGCUUUACGUCGAUAUCGCCUUUGCUGUGUUGCAUGUUACAUAAAAUGGAGAAAAAUGUAGAUCCUGCAAUAUUAUCGUAUGCUUCUUAUGUAUUAAUUCAUACAUUACACUAUCAAGCUUUGCCACAGAGCAUAAUACAUUUGACAAGAAAUAUACAGGAUUUACCAGUUCAGAAAUAUUUACAAAGCUGGUCAGAGGGCAAUGACCCUAUUUAUAUUGAAGAAGUAAUUCCGUCUAUGGAUUUAUUAUGUAAAUUGAAUCGAUUAUUGUUAGAUAAUACUAACAUACAGAUAAACGAAGUAUUUAGCGGUGACAAUACAGUGACUUUUACGUAUAAUAAUGAAGUUAUUAAAAUUCAACAUUCUUUAUCAGCAUACGAAAUCAUGUGCCUAUUCAAGAUGACCGUAUUUUAUUUAACACAAUUUGCUAAACGAGGACUUUUAUCAACGAUUCAAAUCAGUAAAUAUAAAAUUCUUUUAAUAUCUCUAUUACAUCUUGCGAAAGAAAAUCGGGACGAUUCUACACUAGUGGAGGAAUGUGCAAAAUCUGUUUUUGCUCAUCCAAUAAUAUUGUAUUAUUUUUCACCACUUUAUCAGAAGAGCAAAGACCUCACAACGAAUAUGAUAUAUAAUAUAACUCUAAUAAUACAUGAUAUUUGUAAAGAAAUGGUCCACUUCUACGAAAAGUGUAACGUCAGAACACUAGUUUCUCAGUUUAGAAAUAAAUUACUUACGCAAUUACACAAAAUGAUAGAUAAUCAUAAAGGCGACGAUAAUAUAAAUAAUGUUGAAACAAUUACAACAUUGCUGGUUUUAUUGGAAUUAACGCCGCAAGAUAUUGUACAUAUAUUGAGAAAGCUUGUGAAAUUAGAAAAUUCUAUAUUUAUUUCAAAAGAUGGCGUAAAUUUGUCAAAAUAUGGAUACAUAACUGCAAAACUUUUAGAGAUUAUUAGCAUUAAAAAUAUUAAAUCCCAGCGUAAUUCGUUGCUUCAAUUAGACGUGGAAUUUGUGAAAUGUUUAUGUUCACAUCUCCUUAUUUUGAAGUCCAAAGAAAUUAUUAAUAUUGAAAUGUGGGAAUCUGCUUUGCACGAAUACAUUUCAAAAUUUCCAUAUAAUAUUGCUGGUAUCAAUGCAGAUAUCUUUUCGUCGUUAUUAUCAACAAAAUGUAAAGAUACAACUAUAAAGCUUCUUUCAUUUUUGAUUAGUAAAAACAUAAAAUUUAUGUCAAUCUUCGCAGAAUACAUGCUAAAUUCUGAGAAAAUUAAAGAGAAUUUUAUAGUGUUCCCAAUCAUUGCAAAUAAUUUAAAUCUCAAAUGGAAUCAAGAAUUUCUGCAAAAAUUAAAGAUAAAUUAUGAAACUGAAAUUACAUCCUACAUAUGUAAUCCCAAAGUCACACAAAUUUGGAUAGAAGAAAAUGUGAAUGCAGUUUCCUAUUUAAUUGAAAAUGCAUUCGAUCUUAAGAGUUGUAGCGAAAUAUGUAAUACUAUUUUGCAAGCAGGAGACAAAUUAGAUAUGGUAUCAAUUCAUUAUAUACACAUUAUCGAAAGUGUAUUUAAGAAAUGCUCAACUAUGGAAGUAGGCAAUGAAAAAUUUAUCAUGAACCUAUUACUAGUUCUUCUUCAUAUAACUACUUUGACAUUAAAGAAAGAAUCGAAGAAUGUGACGAAACUACGUAUUCUUUGUGAAAAGCUGAACAAUAUAGUUAAAAAUUUACAAGACACGAAGGAAAACUUUGUACUUGAAACAAUAAGUAGUAAUCAUUCGUGGCCACAAUUCUCACGUUUUUCAUUAAAAUUAGGUUUUAAGGAAUUAAAGAACAAUAAGCAACCGUUGCCAAUAUUAAAAACAUUAAGCGCUUUAUGUGAUAUUGCGUUUGAAAACGAUAGUAAUAGCGAAUACGCCAAAAUUUUGUUCGAAAUGACAGUUUCUCAUUCUGAAUUCCUGAACAUCCUAUUAGAAUCGACAAAUACAAAAAGAGAUCUAAUAGAAUUAUUGUGGAUUCUCAUGCAGAAGAAUAAAACUGUUAUAGCAUUGGCACAUGUACCCGUUUAUUUGGCAGCAUACAACGGUACUUUAAGCGAAGCCGACCAAUUCCUUUUACUUAUUUUACAAUAUUACGAAAAUAAUAAUAUUAAUAUUUCCGAGUAUCAACCAUAUCUAUGGGGGAAUGCAGCAGCAGUUCACUACAGUGUAAAGAGCGAAAUACAUUUAAAUCUGUGGAAACAACCAUCUACCACUCAAGUUUUAAAUUUAUUUGAGGAGGAUGUUAUUAGUAACACUAUAAAAAAUUAUCCCGUGAAUAGAGCGUUGAAGGCUACUGAAUUAUACGAAGCACAUGAUACAUAUGAUCCUGCAUUUUAUUUACCGUUAUUAUGCCAUUCAUUAUCUGAAAAUAAUGUUGUAUCUUGUUUGAAAAUAGCUCAAAGUGGUGCUUUAGCAUUAGCAUUUGUUGCAUGUAGCAGUAAUCAUUCUGAUGUGCGUAUGGCAGCAUAUACUAUCAUUGCUAGAUAUUAUACUCACUUAGAAGCUUUAAGCUCUAAAACAAAAUUAUUACGAAUGCGAUUAAUAGAUGCGUUACGUUAUGGCAUUAUGGCACUAGAAUCGAAGCUGAAUAAUGUGCGUUUAAAUAGUUUAGUAUCCAUAUUUUUCGCAAGGACAUCUUUAAUUGCAACACAACCGUUACAUCCUCUGUAUUCGCGUCUGCAAAUAUUUCUGAUGGCUAAACCUGCAUUAGAUGUGUAUUCAAUACCAGAACUAUUACAACUGUUUCAUAGUUCUGAUAUAGAAUAUAAAGCGCAUAGGCAUUGGGUUCUGGAAAAUAUUCGUGAUGGUAUGAAAACAGAAAGUGAAUUGGAUGUAGCAUUUAAAUGUGUUCUGUUUAAAAUGUUGUUAGAUUUUUAUACGUGUAAUUUAGCAGAUUCACGUACAAAGAAAUUGAUAUUGGAAAUCAUUUGUGUUACACUGAAAAUGACUAAAGCUUGCAUACUUCUUAUGAAAGGAUAUGGGCUACUUCCAUGGUUAUUAAUUAUUGCAAUGAAUUUGCGAGAUAACGAUGUUCAAUCUGUCGAGCUUAUUAUCAAAAUAAUCGACGCACUUUUGAACACUAUACUAAAAAUGAAAGAGAAUACUAUUCACUAUAGAUCGAUGCUUUUAAGUAUUUCAUUGAAUUUAAAAUCACACUUAUCUAAAGAUAUCAAAGUCACAGUGUUUACAUUAUACAUGAAUGUUUUGCAAAAGUUAUUCCUGUCCAAACACAUACAAAUGAUUGUUGCUAAGGAACAUUUAAUAGAAAUUCUUGAAUUUUCCAAGAAGCUUUUAGGCGAUUUGGAUGAGUGUGAAGAUAUAUUAAAUUUUGGUUGUGAAUAUGUAACUAAAAUCAAUUGUUCCGAAAGUGAUAAUGAAAUUGAAGUGGCACGGAAUUGUCUAAGAACCAUGCUAUGGACAUGGAGUAGUCACGAAAAAAGAUAAUACAUCUACACAUUUUUAUACACUUUGUAAAUAUUAACAAUACCGAUUUACGAAACAGGUACAAGAGCCGAAAGACUCGUAGGUCUCGAUUAAGAAAGAAGAACCAUGUUGAAUGAUGAAAUUUGAUGUAGACAGUUUCAAAUGAAACAAUCCUAUGAACGUAGAACAAAUAAACAUCAUUUUUACUAUCA